UUGAGUCAGUUCAUCUCUUUCAUUCAACGGCGAACAGCAUCGAGUUUUGAGUUUUCUUCUUUUCAUUCGACUGUGAAUCUGAAUUUCCUCGUGAAAGAAAAAAGAACCGCUGUUACAAUUUUCCAUUAAAUUUCGUGAUAAUUUAAUUAAAUUUUACACAAAAAUCUAAUAAAAUGCAACCACAAAUUGUUCUAUUGAAAGAAGGUACCGACACCUCGCAGGGCAAGCCUCAAUUGAUUUCGAACAUCAAUGCCUGCCAGUCGAUUGUCGAUGCCGUCCGCACCACACUCGGACCCCGUGGCAUGGACAAACUCAUCGUCAACGGAUCGGGCAAGGCCACAAUCUCCAACGAUGGAGCAACAAUCAUGAAAUUAUUGGAUAUCAUUCAUCCAGCAGCGAAAACUUUGGUUGACAUCGCCAAGUCACAGGAUGCUGAGGUUGGUGACGGCACCACCAGUGUUGUUCUACUCGCCGGCGAGUUUUUGAAACAAAUCAAACCCUUCGUCGAAGAGGGUGUUCAUCCGCGCAUUAUCAUCAAGGCCAUGCGAAAGGCCUUGACCCUGUGCAUCGAAAAGAUCAACAAAAUGGCUGUACGCAUUGAGAAGCAAUCAAAGGAAGAGCAGCGUGCGUUGCUGCAGAAAUGCGCCGCAACUGCCAUGAGCUCCAAGCUCAUCCAUCAACAGAAGGACUUCUUCUCGAAGAUGGUUGUAGACGCUGUGCUUGCGCUGGACGAACUUUUGCCACUCAACAUGAUCGGUGUGAAGAAAGUGACUGGCGGUUCGUUGGAGGAAUCACAGAUCAUUGCGGGUGUGGCCUUCAAGAAGACCUUCUCGUAUGCCGGUUUCGAGAUGCAACCCAAAUCCUACAAGGGCUGCAAAAUCGCCUUGUUGAACAUCGAAUUGGAAUUAAAGGCUGAACGCGACAAUGCUGAGGUUCGUGUGGACAACGUCAAGGAAUACCAAAAGGUCGUCGAUGCCGAAUGGCAAAUUUUGUACAACAAAUUGCAAAAGAUCGCUGACUCGGGAGCGAAUGUUGUGCUGUCCAAGUUGCCAAUUGGAGAUGUCGCCACUCAGUGGUUCGCCGAUCGUGAUAUGUUCUGUGCGGGUCGCGUCACCGAGGAGGAUCUCAAGCGUACGUUGAAGGCUUGUGGUGGUGCUGUUAUGACAACGGCCAAUGACAUCAGUCCAAAGGUAUUGGGUCUUUGUGAUACAUUCUUGGAGAAGCAGAUCGGUGGAGAGAGAUUCAACAUUUUUGAGGGAUGCAUCAACGCCAAGACAUGCACUCUCAUCCUGCGUGGUGGUUCGGAACAGUUCCUUGAAGAGACAGAACGUUCUUUACAUGAUGCUAUCAUGAUUGUUCGUAGGACAAUUCAGAAUGAUUCUGUUGUUGCUGGUGGAGGCGCCAUUGAAAUGGAAUUAUCAAAAAUGUUGCGUGAUUACUCGCGUACAAUUGCUGGCAAAGAACAAUUGCUGAUUUCAGCUAUUGCCAAAGCUUUGGAAAUUAUUCCACGUCAAUUGUGCGAUAACGCUGGAUUUGAUGCAACAAAUAUUUUGAAUAAGCUGCGCCAGAAACAUGCACAAGGCAGCUGCUGGUACGGUGUCGACAUUAUGAAGGAACACAUCGCCGACAAUUUCGAAGCAUGCGUCUGGGAACCAUCCAUAAUUAAAAUUAACGCUCUAACUGCUGCCUGCGAAGCCGCUUGCAUGAUACUCUCUGUCGACGAGACAAUCAAGAGUCCUAAGUCUGGAGAUGGCAAACCGCCAGGCCGGGGCAUGGGUAGACCCAUGUAAACAGAAAAUCAACAUCAACUAUAAAACACCAAUUCUUUUUUUCUUCAUCUGUUGUCGUUGUCGUCGUCAUCUUCUUCGAGGAGUCUUCAUCAUCAUCGUCAUUGCAGCAUCGCAGAAUCUUCUCAUCUUAUAACUGAACAUUUGUGAUGAUGCUGACCCCUGAAAGCGGAAGUACUAUUUUGGAUAUGGCGAUGCAUCGUGUUGAUUAUUUUAAUUUGUAUUAAUUAAUUUACCAUUAAUUUCUAUCUUUUAUAAUUAACUUUAUUACAUAAAAUCACACACACGCCUACAUAAAUAUUUGCUUGAUGGCAUUUAGCAUUAUAUUUCAAUUCAACACAAAUAAAAACAAAAUUCUUGAAACUGAAAAAAUGCAUUUCUAAACCUUUUUCACUUUUAAUAUAAAGUUUUAGUUUUAUAUUAUUUCAAUGUUUUUGUUUAGCUUUUGUAAAAGAACAUUCAAAAUGGAAACAACUAAAAAUCAUUCGCAAAAAUAUAUUAACCAUUAAAAAAAACUUA